AUGGCUCACAACAAGAUCCCGCCGCGGUGGCUGAAUUGUCCGCGGCGCGGCCAGCCGGUGGCAGGAAGAUUCUUACCUCUGAAAACAAUGUUAGGACCAAGAUAUGACAGUCAAGUUGCUGAAGAAAAUCGAUUCCAUCCUAGUAUGCUUUCAAAUUAUCUGAAGAGUCUGAAGGUUAAAAUGGGCUUGUUGGUAGACCUGACAAAUACUUCAAGAUUCUAUGACAGAAAUGACAUAGAAAAAGAAGGAAUCAAAUAUAUAAAACUUCAGUGUAAAGGACAUGGCGAGUGCCCUACAACGGAGAAUACUGAGACAUUUAUUCGUCUGUGUGAGCGGUUUAAUGAAAGAAACCCACCUGAACUUAUUGGUGUUCAUUGUACCCAUGGUUUCAAUCGCACUGGUUUCCUCAUAUGUGCCUUCUUGGUGGAGAAAAUGGAUUGGAGUAUUGAAGCAGCGGUUGCUACCUUUGCCCAAGCCAGACCACCAGGAAUUUAUAAGGGUGAUUACUUGAAAGAACUUUUUCGUCGCUAUGGUGAUAUAGAGGAAGCACCACCCCCACCUCUGUUGCCAGAUUGGUGUUUUGAGGAUGAUGAAGAUGAAGAUGAGGACGAGGAUGGAAAAAAGGAAUCAGAACCUGGGUCAAGCGCCUCCUUUGGUAAAAGGAGAAAAGAACGUUUAAAAUUGGGCGCUAUAUUUUUGGAGGGUGUAACUGUUAAAGGUGUAACUCAAGUAACAACGCAGCCCAAGUUAGGGGAGGUGCAGCAGAAGUGCCACCAGUUCUGUGGCUGGGAAGGGUCUGGAUUCCCUGGAGCACAACCUGUUUCCAUGGACAAGCAAAACAUUAAACUUUUGGAACAGAAGCCAUAUAAAGUAAGCUGGAAAGCAGAUGGUACUCGGUAUAUGAUGUUGAUUGAUGGCACAAAUGAAGUUUUUAUGAUUGAUAGAGAUAAUUCAGUGUUUCAUGUUUCAAAUCUGGAAUUUCCAUUUCGUAAAGAUCUCCGUAUGCAUUUAUCAAAUACUCUCUUAGAUGGGGAAAUGAUUAUUGACAGAGUUAAUGGACAGGCCGUUCCUAGAUACUUGAUAUAUGACAUAAUUAAAUUCAAUGCACAGCCGGUUGGAGAUUGUGAUUUUAAUAUCCGUCUGCAGUGUAUAGAAAGAGAAAUAAUAAAUCCUCGACAUGAAAAAAUGAAGACAGGGCUCAUUGACAAAACACAGGAACCAUUCAGUGUCAGAAAUAAGCCAUUUUUUGACAUCUAUGCGUCAAGAAAGCUACUUGAAGGAAAUUUUGCCAAAGAAGUCAGCCAUGAAAUGGAUGGACUUAUUUUCCAGCCCACUGGAAAAUACAAACCUGGUCGAUGUGAUGAUAUUUUGAAAUGGAAGCCUCCCAGUCUGAAUUCUGUGGAUUUUCGCCUAAAAAUAACAAGAAUGGGAGGAGAAGGGUUGCUUCCUCAGAACAUUGGCCUUCUCUAUGUUGGAGGUUAUGAAAGACCCUUUGCACAAAUCAAGGUGACAAAAGAGCUAAAACAGUAUGACAACAAAAUUAUAGAAUGCAAAUUCGAGAACAACAGCUGGGUCUUUAUGAGACAGAGAACAGAUAAAAGUUUUCCUAAUGCCUACAACACUGCCUUGGCUGUGUGCAACAGUAUCUCCAACCCUGUCACCAAGGAGAUGCUCUUCGAGUUCAUUGACAGAUGUGCAGCACCUUCUCAAGGACAGAAGCGAAAGCAUCACCCGGACCCAGACACAGAGCUCAUGCCUCCACCACCUCCCAAAAGACCUUUGACCUAA